AUGGUUUUAACACAUCGAUCCCCGUUAAAUGGCACUCAGUCCAAGACCAAUCGUGCAUGUCAAUUCUGUCGAACCCGGAAGAUCAGGUGUGACGCCGUAAAGCCCAGCUGUGGCUCAUGUCAGUCGCAUGGACGCCGCUGUGUUUAUGUCAUUGAGCCCCCCAAGCAGAGACCUUCACGCGCCUUGAUAAAUGAGGCAAAUCAACACAAAAACGCGUUGGAGAAUGUUCUUAUGGCGCUUAAAAAUGCGGACUCCAAAGAGCGCGAUGAAAUCUUGAACUCCAUGGCUGUCAAGAACGGAGGUUUGGAUCUUGCCAAUGUUCAGCAUCCGGAGCGAUGGCAACCCGUCAAUUCUGCAACCGCUGGAAGCGACGAGCCUCCCGACUCAAGCUCCGAAGAUGAAGAUUACGACCCCACGCCAUUUUUGGCACGAGAUGACUGCGGUGCACUGGGUGCCUUUGGACCAUCGUCCACAUUUCAUGUUGGCAGUCCUAUUAGUCAAGCGGAAUCUUCGGAACAAAAAAACAGAUCGGAAACGGAUCGGCAUCGACUGAUUGCAAACGCGGCACUUCAGCGUCAAAGGGAAUUUGAUCUGCUUCAUAGGCCUUUGAUUGCAGGUCUACCGUCGGAUCUAGCAAUCCAUUUACUUGACUUGCACUGGAAUCGUCAACAUCACACAUUUCUUCUUACCUACCGCCCUGCGUUCAUGAGAGACCUGGCUCAAGGGGGCCCUUACUGUUCAGAUUUUCUAGUGAAUGCAGUAUUUGCAUGUUCGAGUAAAUUCUCAGAGCGUCUGGACGUUCGGUCGGACCCGAACCAUCCUGAGACAGCAGGGAAGCUGUUCUUUGAUCGUUGUGAUCAGCUCCUUGCCGAGCAGUCUCUUCUUACUCAUUCAAGCAUUCCCACUGUCGCUGGUCUGCUCAUGCUAGGAAGCACCUUCAAUGCUCGUGGCCAGAUAUCUAAAGGAUGGCUCUAUACAGGAUAUGCGCUAAGAAUGGUCUACGAUCUGGGAUUGCAUCUAGACUGUAAAGAGGUUGCUGGGAGUGUUGAAGAUGUUGAAAUUCGGCGCCGUCUGUUUUGGGGAGCUUUUAUUUGCGACAAGCUGCAGAGUUUGUACUUUGGUCGUCCUUUCACGCUCCAGCUGCGAGAUGCUCGUGUUUCCCGUGAUUUUAUAGACACCUUUGAGGAAAACGAGUUGUGGACACCCUACAUUGACCCACAAGUUCCAAAUAAUGAUCAGGUCUAUCCCUCAUACCCGACAAGGAUCUAUUCCGUCUCCGUUUUCCAACAACUAUGCUCUCUUUCCAAAAUCAUGACCAUCAUCAUUGAUCGCUUCUAUGUUGUUGGAGCGAGCGGAGAUGUGGCAAGAAAGCACCUUGAUAUUAUUGACCAGCGCCUGACUACCUGGUAUCGAAAACUCCCAUCCAAUCUGCGCUUCGAGCCAUGGGUAGAGAAUGAGCAGGAGGGUCUUACGGUAGCUGCCCCAAACAAUAUCAUUCUUCUCACCACAUUCAACGCCCUGAUAAUCCUGCUGCAUCGACCAUUUAUCAUCACUGGCCAUUUACAGUCAACGGAAAGCCCAGCCUAUUCAUGGGAACGCUGCAUUACUGCUGCUCGAAAUAUCACCAGCCUCGCAUUGGCAUAUCGCUCCGCCUAUUCUUUGCGUAGGGCGAACUAUAUGCUUAGCUACGCAGUUUAUGUUGCAUGUACGAUUCAUGCCCGCAACCCCUCGAUUAAAGAUAUAACUAGACGUGGAGAUGUCACAUCUCCAUUGAAGAUAUGCUUGCGCUGUUUAGACGAACUCGCCAUACCGAAUUGUGGCGUGUCUGCUCCCGCUAGAAUCAUACGACGACUAAUGGAAGCAAAUAAUAUUCCACCAGAGCCAGAGCGUGACAUCGAGAGUCUCCACGAGAUGGAGGUGAACUUGGACUUCCAGUCUUUCAGCACCCUAGAGUUACCUCCAGGGCUUGCAGAUGAUGACAGUCAAUUCUCGAUUUUUCCAGAAUUUACGCAAGACAUGGAUUUAUUGUUCGGGUUUAUGAAUGAACCUGUGGAAUCUCCUUCUACAGUGCUUCCUGAACUCAAUAAUGCCAGCACCAAGUCAGCAUUGCCACCGUCGUCAAAUUAG